AUGGCAUCGAAAUUUCAGUACGAUGAAAACGGGGGCACGUUUUUCUUGUUCCUUCUGGCGUUCCUCGCCAUGGUCGUACUUCCCUGCACUUACUACCUGUGGCCGCGGAAAACCAAGGAGGACCCGGAAGAAGAGAAAAGAAAAUGCGAAUGCUCUCCGUGCCGUGAUAAAUUCGCUCGGCAGAAACAAAUUUCUCCAAGGACAAAGACAAAAAAUAUCAUCCUUGGAAUUCUCAUCGUUCUCGGCUGGAUUGCGAUAUUCGCAUGCGCCUACAGGGUUGCGCAUCUGGAAGACACCUGGAAGAAAUGGGAUCCUUACGAGAUACUCAAACUCGACCCCGGAGCGUCAACUUCCGAAAUCAAGAAGGCUUAUCGAAAGCAAGCGGCGAUCAAUCAUCCAGAUAUGAAGACUGGUGACGAGGCGGAGUUCAGGGAAAUAGCUAGAGCAUACAAAGCUUUGAGCGAUGAAGAAUCUCGAAAGAACUGGGAGGCCUACGGAGAUCCUGAUGGUCCAGGGGCCAUGUCUUUCGGUAUCGCGCUUCCCGCGUGGAUCGUCGAAAAGGAAAACUCUAUCUGGGUAGUCGGGGCCUAUUUGCUCGUCUUCAUGGUCGGUUUGCCGACCGCAGUGGGCCUGUGGUGGUACAGGUCCGCAAAAUACGGCGAAGAUCUCGAAGUGCUUCUGGAUACGACGCGACUGUACUUCUACUUUAUCAACAAAACAUCCCUGAUGCCUCUUCGCCGAGUGGUGAUGAUAGUGGCCGCUUCAACGGAUUUCGAGUCGUCACAAAAUCCCGACAUGAAAAUGCGACCGAGCGAUAACGAGGAAAUUCCCCAACUCAUUAAGAAAAUCGAAGAUUUCGGUGAGAAGAAUCGCGAGGCUCCGUUGAAUUACGAAUAUUCGAUCAAGGCCAGAGCAUUGCUUCAUGCGCACCUCAUGCGGCUACCUCUGAGCGAGAGCGCCGCCAAGGACAUGAGGUACAUUAUAACGAAGUGCCCUGUCCUACUGAGCGAGUUCGUGUCCUGCACGUCUCAAUUAGUAAUGCUGGCGCUCAGUGGACGUAUCCAACGGAUGCCCAAGUUGGAAACCUUAGAGAACGCGAUCAAGCUCAGCCAGCUGCUUGUGCAAGCGUUGUGGGUGAACCGUAACCCUCUGCUCCAGAUUCCGCACAUCAAAGAGGAGCACCUCCGUCUAUUCACUAACAAAAAAUGUCAUAUCAAGAGCAUCGAUCAGCUGCGACAGCUGACGGAAACGAAACGCAGAGAUUUGUUACGGUUCUUGGACGAUGCCCAAUAUCAAAACGUAGUCAAAUGUCUCGAAUCGAUGCCCUCGGUCGAGAUCAAAUACAAACUUGAAGUUAUCGAUGACGAGGAUCCUGAGACCAUCACGGCUGACUCUCUGGUCACGAUGACGGUCACGAUGAGGCGACGGAAACCAGAGGAAGUCCUCAACCGGUCGGAAGAAGAGCUCGUCGAUGACAAGGAAGGGGAGAAACCGAAAAUCACGAGCUGGAUGAAAAAGCCUCAGAAGAAGGCUGGUGGGAGGAAGAAGGCCAAGACCAAGAAGCCAACGAACUUCCGGGUAAUCCGUAGAGCAGAUCCCGAAGAAGGGAGCGAGGACGACGCGGAACCCGACAAGGAGAAUCGUGCUCUAGAGAACGGUGUCGAAUGCACAGACGUUGUUGAAAGCCUAGCGUCGCAAGAAGAAGAGGGCGAAGACGGGGGCAAAGCCCAAACUGGAGACACUCAGCGCAGAUGGAGGAUAAAGACUGAGCGGAAGAAACACGAUGACCAUGGAGACGACGCGGAAAAAGACGAAGGCAUCGACGACGACGCUAGAAAUCACAGCGACGAGGAUCAGAUAAACAAGGAGGAUGAGAAAGACGGGUCAGACGACGAGGCGUUGCAUUUCGAUCAGGGCAAAAAGGAGAGAAAGAAGAUCAUGGAUAAAAUCCCGAAGAUUUCUCAUCCCGUCCACGCGCCGUAUUUCCCGAGCGAUAAGCAGGAAUUCUGGUGGCUGUACCUCGUUGACAAAAAACAGCAACAGCUCAUGACAGUUCCUUUCCUGAUGACCAAUCUUGUGGACGAAGAGGACGCCAUCUUGAAAUUCACGGCGCCUCGGAAACCCGGAAAUUAUCAUUUGACAUUACACGUCAAGAGUGAUUCCUACGUCACGGACUUCGACAAGCAAGUCGACCUGAAGUUCGAAGUCAAGCCCGCGAAACCUGUCGUUGAAAGUCAUCCUCAAUGGGAGGCUCUGGACGAGGAAUCCGAGGUUGAGGUGGAAGACUCUGCUGUGGAAGAUUCCGACCUAUGCAGCGACGACGACGAUUCGGAUUCGCUCAACGACAACGCGAACUGA